AUGUUUUUGCGAGCUGCCCGUGCAGGCAAUUUAGAAAAUGUCCUCGAUUUUCUCCGUACAGGUGUAGAUAUAAAUACUUGCAAUUCUAAUGGAUUAAAUGCUUUGCAUUUGGCAUCGAAAGAGGGGCAUAAUGAAGUUGUUAGAGAAUUAUUGAGAAGAGGAGCCGUUGUUGAUGCGAGUACGAGAAAGGGAAAUACUGCUUUACAUAUAGCUUCUUUGGCUGGUCAAGAUAUAAUUGUAACAAUUUUGGUUGAACACGGUGCUAAUGUUAAUGCCCAAUCAUUAAAUGGAUUUACUCCUCUAUAUAUGUCUGCACAAGAAAACCAUGAAGUUGUUGUUCGUUAUUUGCUUGCACAUGGUGCUAAUCAGGCACUCGCCACAGAAGAUGGUUUCACUCCUUUGGCUGUUGCUCUUCAACAAGGGCAUGAUCGAAUUGUUGCUCUUCUAUUAGAAAAUGACAAUACAAGUAAAGUAAAACUUCCAGCAUUACACAUUGCUGCUAAAAAAGAUGAUACUCGAGCAGCUUCUUUACUUUUACAAAAUGAACAAAAUCCAAAUGUAACUUCAAAAAGUGGAUUUACUCCUUUACAUAUUGCUGCACAUUAUGGAAAUGCAGGUAAUUAAAAAAUUACUUGUACUAACUCUCUUAUGGUCUGACACCUCUUGGAAUAUAGCUUUCCUUAAGUCUAUCAAAUAUCUCGCUAUCCCAUCCUCUUAACUCGACGUCCGGAAUUAAAAUUUCAUCGGGUUCCCGAUUUACUUUUCAACAUACAAUGAUCACAUUUCUGUCAGUUAGAUUAUUACUUGACUUAAUGUUAAAAAUAAGGUAUCACUUUGUA